CUAAAGCAACGAUGUCGCAAUCAAAACAAGAAAACCGAGAAGAAAUCGACCAAAUAAAUACCCGAAUAAUCAUAUCGAUUUCGUACAUCGUGGUAUUUUUAGUGAUCGGCGUACCUUUAUGGUGGUGCACGACGAGAGUUUAUAGAGCAUCAUUACCUCUAUCCGACAUGCAAAACUUGGAAUCGAAUCAUUACCAAACGAAAUCGUUGGGAAUGCCUUUGAGUCUGGAAUACGAUGUGUUGUUGUCCCUGGUUCAUUCCGAUCCAUUGGGUUCUGAUGUUGCAAAGACAGUGGAAGAAAUCGAAGAAAAUUUGUACGCGAUCCUGCGGAAUUUCUCAGACGUUUUCGAUGUUGUGUUCAAGUCUCAAUGUGUUCAUGUACCCGAUUUGAAAAUACCGUUGGCACAAAUGUCGGAGCAAUAUGCUUUGAGUGAAAAUCAGUUGCCUCAUAUAAUUACACCGCUAGAAUCGCAAUUGAGGACUCAUUUAUCCAACAGGACGACCAUAAAUGUCGUUAUCUACUUCCAAAAUUGCGAUAAACCACCGAUUUACUUGUAUUAUGAUAACAACACGCGAGUACCCAGUAACGCAUUCUCGAGUCCUUCGUGGGGCGGUAUCCACAUACUCAAUCCAGACUCAAAAUCCUGUCGAUACCCUGCAUUCGAAUUAAAUCACAUUAUAUCCGCAAUUGUCACAGAAAUACAACACCUCUUCGACAUUAAAGACAUUCAAAAUCUGCACGAAUUCAAGCACCGAAAAGCCCAAGAAAUGUUGGCAUCAACGCGUAGAACUUUAAAAUCUCUGGCGAAACUCCUAUCAGAAAUAGCCAACAUCGUCAUCAGCGAGGACGUGGGACGCAAAAUCAGGAGAUCCUUAAAAGCGCUCGAAGAUGGAGAAACUUUCUCGAAGGAAGGAAGAGUAGACGAAGCUUUGAAAGCUGCCAAAGUGGCUUACGAAAAUUCGGAAAGCGCUUUCGGCGAUCCUUCAUUACUGGCCAUGCAGUAUUUUCCGGAAGAGGAUAAAAAGUCGGUCUACAUGCCGUUAUUUUUGCCGCUGGUCUUCGUCCUUACCGCUUCUUUGUCAAAUUUGAAGGUGUUGCUAAAAGAGCGGAGUAGAUUGUUGCAACAUUAAGUUGUAACAUUCACCCUGUAGUUAUCGCAGCAGAAACUCCCAACCAGCUGGCAAUGAGGGAUUAGCGGUUUACGCAGUAGCUUUUCUAUAUCAAUGAAAGAAAUCAAAAGUGCACGGGUAUAUAUUUUACGGCCCAAAGGGAAACAACAACCCGAAGUCGUAUGGGGAACAUGUCGGAUUAAGGGAUUUAGCGGUUAACAGGGCGUGCCCUAUUUUACGUAUUAUUUUUCCCGCACAUUAAUCCGUCUAUUCUCCGUGGAACUAAAAGGGGAUAUCAUUAGGAUUUUUUUGCAAUUUUUGUGAGUAAAAUCCGUACGAGUGCUAGCUUAAAAAAACUGUUAUAUAGUAGAACACUAAACAUUUAUAGCUACUAAGUGGCGAGCACUAAUUGACCGUUUUCUUCUACAAUCCUUAUUUAUGUAGCCUCUUAAGUUUUUUUCAUUAAACUCCAUUGCGAUCGACUUUUUUCCUUUGUUUAGUCAUUUAUCGAAUUUACGAUUGCCGUUAUUGCCUAUAAUUUUCCCGGGCAAUUUUUAUUCUCGC